AUGUUCUCCAAAGUAGUGCUCGCUUGUGCCUUGGUAGCGGUGUGCCAGGCUGGUUACAUCCAUCAUGCGCCAGCUGUCUCCUCACAAAGCAUCGUCCGUCACGACCAGACCGUGCACCAUGAGGCUCCAGUACAUUACUCUGCUCCCGUAGUCCACGCUGCACCCAUCGCUCACGCUGCUCCCAUCGCCCACGCUGCUCCCGUCGUCCACGCGGCUCCCGCUAUCCACGCCGUCCACGCCGCUCCUUCCCACGAAGACCACUACGUCGAUGAAUACGCUCAUCCCAAAUACGGCUACUCCUACUCUGUGGAGGACCCUCACACCGGUGACCACAAGUCCCAGCACGAGACUCGUGAUGGUGACGUAGUUAAGGGAGAAUACUCUCUGCUGCAACCUGAUGGCUCUUUCCGUAAGGUCACCUACACCGCUGACCACCACAAUGGAUUCAACGCCAUCGUCCACAACACAGCGCCCGUCAUCCACCACCAUUAG